CCGAGUGUAGUCUCACUGAAAUCAGUCUGGGUAUCCUGUGUCAUCAAUAAAACUUGCGCGCCCACUCGGCUGUUCAAUGUGUGCAUCAUGUCAAUCUGUAGGUAUGGCUGAGCAGUCCUCUUUUGUCGGUGCGAGGUUAAGAGUGUCUUCAAGCGAAGGAAACUACGAGGGAACUGUUCACAGCAUCGACACUGAAAAGAGAAAGCUUACUUUAACUAAAGGUUAGAAGGCCUUUCAAUUUUUAUGCACUCAUAUGCUUCUUGUUGGUUUUCGGAGUCGCAGACGGUUGUUACGAAAAUUUGUAAUGGUAAUCACGCUGGUGGGUAUAUGUCGGAAAUGUAUGAUUGUCCAGUUUUUAGAUUUGUGUACUCUUUGCCGUUUCUAACUCGAACACGUCACACAUUACUUGAAGAACCUUAAAAUCCAGGGUUUAGAAGGAUUGUGGGGCUUAUAUUUUCAAUUAUAUAAACGGGCGGUAGAUCAUCAUCUUCGAUGGUUUCACAGAACAAAUGCAAUGCAUUAGAAGUUAUUAAGUCCAGCGAAAGUUCCUGGGUCUUCUUCUAUCUAAUAUAUCUACACAUAUAAUUAUACUGUUGGCGGGUUUUUAAUUGAAAUAAAUUGGACGAGAAAACAUUCGGAAAUGCGGGUUAUUUUUAACAUCAUUGCCUGAUUCUAACUUAUUUUCAAUUAGCGACUACUGUACUAACAGCACUUUGCCCUGGUACAAGUGGUUAUUUACAAAGGCAACUUCAGAAUACCCGGCCACAUAUUUUCGUGUUAAAUGUGCCGUUACCGUGGCCCGCAGUAAUCAGCUGAUCCAUUGGGAGCAAAGCCUCAUUUUUUAAGAAAUAUAUUUUUCGUUUUGACUUAAAUAAUAUGACAAACAGGAAAUCCACCAAGACAAUACAAUCUUUGUAUUAUACAACACUUGCUUUAUUGUUAGUUAUACGUUAACACAGUAAGGCUGAUGUUGUUCUUUACUUGGUACAGCUUUAAUAGGCAACAAAGAAAUUGAUAUCACUUAUUCUGUCCAGGAUAUCAAAUUUAUAAUCACUGAAGGACCCAGUGCAAUUUGGUCUGUAAUCGCACCAGUGUGUAAACCAAUUUGGGAGUUCAAUUUGUAAUGUGAAAAAAGGCACCAAUGUGGGGCUUGGGUUGACGAAAUACAGUCAUUUGUAUGAAGUUGUCCACCAAAGGUAGAUUUCUGAUUACUCAGUUUCUUGCAAUGAAGCCUUAUUUAAGUCAGAAUACCCUUUCAGAUAGUAGGUAGUCCAUCGACACUCUUCCUCAAAUUAUUUGUGCGUCAACUUUCACAAAUGUCAAAAGGAGGUAGAGUUUGAUCGUCUGGGUGAACGUAGUCCUGAAUAGGACUGUUGUUGUUGACACUGACUGAUGUUUUGACAACCUGUGCGGUAGUCAUCUUCAGAGUCAAAGAGACUUUGACUUUGUUGUAGGAUUCUGAAGCUAUUUACAUUUUUGGAAAGUUGAUAACUUAGUUCAUUUCUCCUUAUGAAUAACCUUAAUUUUGUAGUGUACACAAACUGCCCUUUGCUUGUUGUGUAUUUUUAAAAUAUGGUUAAAUGUGUGCUAGACUCAAUCUACAGCAAAGUCACGAGUCUGUUGGUGAAAUAAUGUACAAAUCUUAUAAUAUGUACUUUCUUUUUGGGGAGAAUGAACAAUGUUAUUUAGCAUGUAAACUGGGACAAAUCACACGCCAUACUUAAACCAUUUUUAGACAUUUUUUAAGACAAACACAAGAAACUUCAAUCUAGAUUUUUACGCAAGCGACUCAUUGGUUGCCCCUAAAAUGUUUAAUUUGCGCCAAAAUGAAACACAAUGUACUUGUCUGGGACUCUCUUCCCUAUCUUACUGAGUUUUUUACCCCUACUGUCACAGUUUGUAUGGACAGUGUACGCCGACGUCAUAACCAGAUUUUCUGGCAUUGAUAGGUUUUCAGUUUUAAAUUUCUAUCCCAUUAUAGCUAUGGGGCUCCACUGUGUAUGCUUUGCACACACAGACUUUCCAUUAUAAUGUAAAGUGGAUGUUAAUUAAUAAUAACUGUAAUUUGAUGAUUGUUUUUAGUGAUUUCCUGUAGUACAGGGAGAAGACUUCAUGGUUUUCAUCAUUUCUUUGGACAUGAACUAAGUAAUGGUAAGUCUUGGAAAUCAAAGAAGGCAGAUCAACUACCUUUUAUUAAUAUACUUCAUUAAUUACUCUUAAGAGGUAAACAGGGUUUGCACAGUCUUGAAAAGUCCUCGAGUGCCAUUUUUCCUCGAAAAGUCCUUAAAUUUCUGUGCAAGUCCUUGAAAAGUCCUUGAAUUUUCUUCACUUUGAAUGUAGUGGCCUGGAAAGUGGUUUUGAUGCUUUUUGGUUGUCCAAGACAGAAUGUCAAAUCAUAACUGCUUUAUCAUAACUUAUUGACACAAAGUGUUCAAUAUUUCAUGCAAAAUUUAACUACCAGUUUAAGACAAGUGAACUGAAAAAUGUGGAGAAGUUGGUGAAGCAAACAGUUCAAGCCUUAGAGACUGAUUAUAAUACACUGGGAAUAUGCAUUUUUGAACUAUCUGUGAAAUUAUAAACAAUUGGAUGAGGUUUUUGUUAUAUUCAGAAUAAUCAAGGUCAAGGAAGGGGUUAUCGGCUGAGGCUGAUAGCCCUUACCGAGACCUUGAUUAUUCUGGAUAUCACAAAAACCGAAUCUAAUAACUGUUUUAUUAUACAUUGAACGAAUGGCUUUCUUUCUUGCUUUGACAUAAAAUGUUUUCAAAGUUUCUGCCAACUCUUUUUUUUUCCUCAGGUUCUCUCAGUUUUUUCUCUUUAACAUAAUCAGCAAACAGCUCCUUUGCCACCUCUGUAGACCUUUUUGUGUUUGUGAGUCCUUGUCUUCAACUAUUUUUUUGAUGUCUUGCUUGGUCAAUGAAGCAAACCUGGAAGUCAUGUUUUUGCUUCUUCACUGACGGCAAGCAACACAAAGCGCACAAACUUGACAUGAUUAUUCUUAGAAAUCAUGCACCGUGGUCAUACAUGACUUGAUCACCCGUGACGUUGAGUGUCCUUGACAUGAUUAUUGUAUAAUCUGCAGCUAGAUGACAUCCCAGGCGCUGAUUUUCAAAAUUCACUGUACUCUUUCGGCCAAUCAGAAAAGAGGUAGUGAGUUGAAUGUAUAAUAAUACUCCUAGUAGGUGGUCCUUGAAAAGUCCUUGAAGAAUGGUUGCAUUUUUUUGUAUGAACUGUGGUAAAAACUAACCUUAGUUCUUGGUUGUCUGAUUAUUGUUUGAUAGUGGAGUUACUGGAUCAACCUGAUAUUAAUUGCAAUCAACAAGCAAAGUGAGUAAAAGUCAUAUGUGUUUUAUUUGUUUGCUUGUUUGUUUCAAAACUUACCAGAGGUCAUUACCAUCUUAAAUGAGCAGCCAGACCCAACAAGAUACAACCCAUGACAUACAAACCAUGGGUCAAUUUAUUACCAAAAACUUUUACAAGUGUAAUUUACAAGUGUAACCAUCAUUUCAGAGUCUGAAAGUUAAAUCGCUACACUUGUAAAUUACGCUUGUAAGAGUAUUAUUAAAUUAACCCCAGACCACCUCACGUCUGGUUAUGUCACCUGCACAUGUAGCGGUAGUACAAGAAAACUUUUAAAACUUAACAGAAAUGAAAGAUAGUCUUCAGUUGACGGCAAGUCUGGCGGCAAACAAAUUUCUACAUGUAGAUGUUGCAUAAGUUUUAUUCAUGAAUUCAACAGUGAAAAUUUUGACCAAGUGGGUGGGUGGGCAGGGGGGGGGGAGUGUUUUAAGUUAGAGGCUAGGUUGUUCCUGAAUGUGACCAAAAGUGUGACCGAGCAAACAAAAAGCACAGCUUUAGAAAUUUAUUUCUGAAAGUUUUGUCGUAAGUCAAACACAAGAGACUUCAUUGAAAUUCCCGAUUUAAAUGAGCACUUGAUCUUCUUGCAGUGUGAACUCUUCGGGGUCCCGUUUGAAUUAUAGUGACUAGUAAGUAUUUAGGAGAUAAGGAUGAAAUGCUGCAAUCAUCUCCUAAGUCCUAUCAAAGAGGGUAGGGGAACAUGAGAGUCUCAAAUUGCAUAAUUUUGUAUAGAUCGUUUUCACUGUCACGCCAAAAAAAAAACAAAUUGGAAACCGUCCAGAGGAAGAAGCCACGAAAAUGAGAUAUUAUGAAAGACUAAUAUAUAAACAAUUUUUCAAAGUCUCAGGUCUUAAUUGUGGCCCACAGUUUCUGAGUUAUUUGGCGAUUUGCCGAAACAUUUCAUGCACCUUUGUAGAGCUUUGUAUGGAGAUGCCAUAUUGGUGUACCGUUUUGGUCCACCAGUAUGGCUGCCAGAAAUCAACAGAAACAUCUGGAGUUCACUUUUUCUAUAAAAGCUCUUUCUUUUCACUCGAGAACUAGCAUACUUGCUGAAAAUCAAGAGGAGAGACUUUUUUUCAACAAGACAGCAUUCCUAUUUUGGCAUCACGCACUGCGAAAACUCGGAAGUUCAAUUUGCUGUAUUUUUGAAAUGAAACAUGCUAUGAGAAUGGAAACUUGUACAAAGAUUUAUUUUUUGUUAUCUUCAACCUAGUGUAAAUAAGAAUUUGUAAAAACUGCCCUAUUUUGACUUAACAAUUUGAUGACGUCUCUGUGAAAACCAUCUAUAGGUAAUGCAAUAAAUUCCAGACUGCUUUCUGCUGUUUGGAAUGGGGACCAUAGAUCAAAGAACUACAUGUAAUAAAUUUAAAUUUUGUACUCUUCUUUUUUAGUGAGGGGAAAAAUGAUAUCACAAAGAAAGACGAAAGAGCACCUGAGAAAAAACCAGAAAGCUCAAAUUCUCAUCUUUCAAAGCCAGCUUCUUACAAGCCAGAUGUAAAGUUUGGGGAAGGUAGAGGGCGAGGAAUCAGAAAAGCUUUUAAAGAUGCUGGUAUUGGGAUUAAUACAAAGCUGGGGCUAAAGAAAAUGGCAGUUUCUAGUGGGUCCUUAUCACGAGAUGUCAGUGACGAGGGUGCCAGCCUUCUCAAGAGACAACCAAUUGAAGCAGAAAAAUGUAAGUAUAUACUGUAACACUACAAAGAGGAGUUUCAAAGGAUGGCCACUUUUGUUCGAAUGUAAAUCCAUUUCCUUGCCUUGAAAUGUUGGCGGCUUUUCCAAAGCCUUAUCCCAUGGGCUAUCUGCUGAGUCAUGUUUCUUUUUAAUGGCCUUUAUUCGCUCAGCUGCAUGCCAUUUUCACCAGUUUUUGAAAGAGUCUAAAAUAAGAGUGCAAGACAUAGUUAUUGUUAGCAAACUUUCCCUGCCCACAAUAUGAAGUUAAUAUGUCUUUCAAAAAGACAAUUUUUUUACAUUUUUCUCUUUAGAUCUAUCUGAUGUGAUAUCAGAUGACGAUGAAAAGGAAAAUCUAAGUCCAGAUGACAUACCAUCAACUGUGGUUAUAGAUGCCUUUGGAGGACAGUUUGAAGAAGCAGUAAGAAUGGCACUAGUAUAUAGUUAGUUAAUAAAACCGCUAAAAUACAGCCGAACCACUACUCAGGGCUUGAAAUAACAACCGGUCAAUGGACCAUGUCCAGUCAAAAAUAGGCUUUGUCUGGUCAAAUCCUUGGAUGGCCGGACAUUUUGUCCACUUUAUAUGGUGGGGGGCAGGUUCAUGCAAGAAAACCUUGUCACAAAAGCUAUUGGAAAUUCAUUUAGAUUCUUUAAAUUUGUUAAGAUUCCAAUCCAAUGCUUCUAAAUCAAUGAAGCACAAACUGAUGUACUCACUGUGCCUCAGACGUUUUGUUUUGUAACUUUUUUUCUGAACAUUAUGGGUUGUUUUAUUGACGCUAUUUUGAUUGUUUUUUUAUUAUUAUGUUCUCACAAGCAUUCAGAAAUGUUCCACCCUUUUCUCCAAAAAUUGGUGCAAUAUUACACCCUUUAGCUAUCUUCACAUAAUGGCCACCUUGCUAAAGCAGUCAGUUCCAUGUACUUCGAUCCCCAAAGUGGCUGUUUCAAAGCAGUUCAACUCCACCAAUGAUCAGUUUGGUCAAACAACAGUUAACAUUUCUCAUUACAAUAGUACUGUGUACGCUAGUUGUAAUGACACCCACUUAUAGUGGACAGUUUUAUAUUUUUUCUUAUGAUCCUUAAAAAGAUAUUGUUCCUUCUUUGGUAGUUCCAACAUCCCUUAUUCUACCAGGCCAAUGUCAAAAUUGUAAUUUAUUGACUUUUUGCAGAGGAUUUUAACCAAUUAAUGUAGAAUAUCUUUCAUUGUCAAAUAGCUUAAACCAGUAGAGGUGGUGGAAGAGUUGGCUUAAAAAGAAGGAAAGGGAAAGAAGAUGAUUGAAAUAUUAUGUUUUGUUCAAUAAAAAUAAACUCUAUAAUAUGUCUAUCACCUACAUGUAGAUUAUAACUGAUUGCAGCACUUUUCUUCAUACAGGUGAAGUUCAUAAGUAAACAACGAGUGAUUGGAGUGUGUUGUGAAGGUGUCAAUCUUGGAAGAUUUGGAAAGCUUUGUUGGCUUGUGGUAGGUCCACCUAAAAUGUACCCCUAAUAACAGUCAGAAUUAUAAGUGCAAAGAAGAUCAUUGCAGUUAAAGACGCAACUUGCACAGUUGAGAAAAGAUAUAGUGUAGCCUGAAAAAAAUUCAGGCUUUCCAGGAUUUGAACCCUCUCCUCUACGAUGCCGGUGCAGUGCCGUUAUUAGUUUAGUUAUUGCAAAGGUCGGGUUUCAAAUUCUGCCAAGCCUGAAUUUUUCUGCCUUUCUUUCUUUUCCAUUUUAUAACAUUGAGAAAUUAGUUAUUUCAACAUUCAGUAUCAUCUAACAUAAAACACAGUGUUAUUUACCCUCCAAAUUGCAACCACAGUGCCUAAACAGGACUAGAAAAAUGCUAAAAUAUUAAGCAAGCAGCUCUCAUACUUUCCUUGCCCUGGGCCACGUCCUGCCUGUCUUAGCUAAUGAUUUGACAUGCCAGGACCCUUGCCCAUCGGACAAGUGAGGUUAAAAAUGUUCUUGUUCAACAAGAACAUCUACUUGUCCAGGAUGACUGGACGGGUUUUUUUUUGAGCCCUGCUAAAAUUUUAAAAAUAAUGUUAUUUGGAAAAUGUCAGCAAGUUGGGUGUGAUCUUAGUUAGUAGAGGGGAUUCUACUAAUCCUGGUGUGAUACAGAAGUGACCUUUUUAGUGAAAGGUGUUGCUAGGGUCCUUUAGAGACCAGUGAUUUUGUUUUUGUCCUUUCAGAUUGGUUGUAGUAGAGUAAUUUACUUGUUUGAUGUCCUCACUCUUGGAGCUCCUUGUUUUGAUGAAGGACUACAAGACAUUCUGGAAAGUGGAGAUAUACUCAAGGUAUAACAUUAAGGCAGUGUUGGUGGGAGAGUAAAGCACACGUCGAACUGCAGACUGGACACAAGAAAAUACAGAAAAGCCAUAAAGAAGCAUGGAUGGGCAAAACUGAUGCAAAAGUAGAUUAAAACAGGUUGCAUCCAGUUUAACUUAAGAGACAGGGCCUGGGCUUUUUUCAAGUUUGUCUCAAUUUGUACAAAGGAAAAACUUGUAGUGCUUGGUAUAAAUCAACAGUGUUUUUAUAAAUGUGGCACUGACCCUUAAAAGGGAUUUCUUCCAUCAGUUUGUAAAUUUGAGGUCAUGUGUAACAAAGAAUGGGCAAAAUCAUGAAACUUAACCUUGGUUCUCCAGUUUAGGUUGCUUUCUGCUGUCUCGCUGUAAGGAUUCAAAUGUUCAAAGCAUUGUUAUGUUUUUGUCUACUAUAUGUAGGUAAUUCAUGACUGUAGACAGGUCAGUGAUGCAUUGUAUCAUCAAUAUCGUGUUCGACUUGUGAACGUGUUUGACACUCAGGUACAUUUUAUUUUCUUUCGUAUUAGAAAAUUUAUUGUUACCUUAGGAAACAGCAUAUUCAUUUUCUUUUGAUAUUUCUUUGCAACACAGUUGUUUCAAAAAUGUUUUUCUUUUUCACGCACAUACUAUAUUCGAAGGGAAAGAAAUUUUUGUGCAAUUUCACUGCUUGAGUUUGUUUCGAAACGACCGGUUUACCUAUAGAACAGCUCUAGUCUGAGAAAACAACCGACAUUUCUUGACGCCACCUCUGGUUUCCCUCCGAAAUGACGUCUGAGGAAUGAGCGCAGAAAUUCCCUUCCCAUUGGUUGGGCCGCUUGGGAGCGAUUUGCUUCAACCAAUCAGAAGCACUAUCCAGAUCUAACUCUGCCGUUAGACUUUUUGAUGAUGAUGCAUUGUUAUAUGGAACAAUCUGUUGUGAUGAAGAUGCAGCUGAUCUUCAGGAUGAUCUAUAUAGAUUAGAAGCUUGGCAACAAAAGUGGAAGAUGAAUUUCAAUCCUUACCAUCCUUUAUUUUUUAGCGUUUUAAAGUUAACGUGAAGACCCCUGGAUGUUGGCGACAAAACAAUAUUUAGAGUUAGAGUUAGAUCUGGCUAAUGACGCGUCAUCAGUAUGGAAUUUCUGCGGUCGUUUCUCAGACGUCAUUUCGCGGGGAAAUCUGUAGUGGCGUCGCAAAAUGUCGGCUGUUUUCUCAGACAAGAACAACUCUGGUCUAGUGCAGAGUAGGACAGCCUUUCACAAAUUAUCAGUAGCUCUUACUUUUGCUACUGUAUUUCUUCCCAAUACAGGUAGCAGAUGUCAUGAUUUAUAAGAAAGAGAAGGGAGGUGAACUGCCGAGGUAUGCACUCACACAAUUCUGACUAACGGUUGUUUCGCUAAUGUCUUAAGUUGUGGGUGGCCUAGCUGACUUUCUCUAUCAGACUUAAAGAUACUGCUAGUCAUCACGGCAUGUAACAGGCUUAAGAACAACUCAUAACUUUACAUUGCUUCUUAUUUGCUCACCAAAUUAGUUUAGAAAGAGAAAGGAUAUUCAAAUAAUAUCGAUAAUUCACUAGCGAAACGACUUAGGAAGUUAGCGAGCUGGACGUUAGCGAAAUGACUCCCAGGUGAAACGAUUGAUUGCCAUAAAGCUAAUUUUUGAGCCUGAGCAUCAAACUGUGCAAUCUGAAAAGGUAAACCCAAUGUCAAUUUGCCUUCGCCCCCUCCCGGUUAACUCGCCUGCUGUUGAAUGUUUUGUCCCCCAAAGUGACUGCUUAUAGUGUUGGAUCCUUGAGGAGGGCCCAAGACCCCUCUCCUUUACUUAACGAAACUACCGAAUCAUAAUCUUUUAUGUACAUGUAUGUAUAGUUCGUAUUAAUUUGAGUUAACCAGAGAAAUGGGCAAGUUGCCGUGACACAUAGACGAACUUUACGAAACCCAGUCGCAUGGGGUACUAUUUAAAACGCUUUUUAUAUCUGGGCCUAUUGAAUACUGAACCACCAUUUAAUAGGCCAUUUUGGAGUUUCCACCGGGCCUCUAUUUCAAAACGAGAUUAAGUGCCCAGCCUUUGAUAUGGAAAUGAUUUUUCAUUCUCGUGCUAAUAAAACUCAUUUUCAUAAGAAAGGUUGUGCACUGGGACUCAUUUUGAAAGUGAGAGUUUUUAAAAACCCGGAAGUGGCCUAUUCGUUUUUAAGCCCGUUGCAGGACAAAGCUAGUACCCUCCUCCUUGGUUAUUUAAGACCCUGUGUAUUGGUUCGAACCCACGACUUCCCGAUCCGCAGACUAGCACUCCACCGACUGUGCCACACCUUCCUCAGUUAAUUCUGUAAAUCGCUUGGAAGGAAUUGGACUUCUAUUCACACAAUACUAAGCUGUUAUUAAUACCUUUUUAUCCUGUACUUGUCUUGCUAGGUAUGUCAAUGGUAUCGUAGCGUGUCUGUAUGAAUACCUCAAUGUGUCACCUGAUCAAGUCAACUUCCAGAAAGUGCGGCUUCAGUACAUGCAGGUAGCUAGUGAUGUCUUGUUUAUCGAGAUAUGAGUAAGGCUUUGUUCACGCUAUACCGGAAAGCUUUCGGCACGAAAAGCGACCCGGUAUCGUUUGAACACCUUUCCGAUAUGUGACUCUCCACUUUAGAGAUCGGUGCUCCGUUAGAGAAAUCGCGUCGAAAUCACCGUUCUUACGUGUAUAUAGUAGUAACAUAGUCUAAAUCAAGUGUUCACUGUCCACCUUAAAGCCAGCAUUGUGACAUGAAAAAACAAGAAUAAAUUAGUUGAAUAAUUAACUAUUAUUCCACCAGUGCGCAUUGGAUAUGAAAUGAUAGAUAGCCAACGAGUAGCGCCGAGUUGGCUCUAAUCAUCUCAUAUCCAACAAGCGCGAGUGGAAUAAUUGUUUUAUUUAAAACGCCCACAAAAAAUCGAGAAUUCUUCUCUCUUACUUGCUUAUUAUAAAAAGGUUUCUGUUUCUGUUUUUGCCCAUAAGUUUUUCAUCACGGCUGGGCGUCUUAUGUGAAAGGUCGUUAGCUUUAUCCGCAGGUGUUAGUUUGACGGCAGGGUGUUUUGACUUCCUUUUUUAAACUUUUUUUGCAGAGGAAAGAGUCUGUUUGGGCAGAGCGACCAUCUCCAGCAGCUUUGGUGGAUGCAGCUGCAAGGGUAGGCCAUGAUACUUUAAUCUCGGGCAUGUUUUUUUCGCCUUGAAAUCACACCUCGUUAAUAUCAAACAUGAAGGUAUGAGAAAACUAUGUACGAAGAGGUCGUUAUUGAUAGAAAUAUGAAGGUCAAUUUUAAGCCUGGUGAGGUACAUGAUUAGAUAAAGAUGAUUUUUCAGUCAGUGAUACAGGCUGCUCGGGGGAAACAAAAAGUCAAAUUCACUUUCACAUUUCUUGCAUUGUGGAUAUAUCGAUAUCCAGUCUUAGCCCGCUAGGGAAAACAUGUCUUGGUUGUCACAAGAACCUUAUUUAGUGACCUUACUUCCCACGAGUCUCCUGUAGCUCAGUGGUAGAGCAUCUAAACUAGUACCCAGAAGGUCGUAGUUUCCGAUUUUCUCUUCUGAGCCGCCUGUGUCACGGACGGAAAAAUCAUCUUUUCUUUCUUAAGGUUGUCAUGGUUUAACAAAUUUUCCUUACGUUGAGUUGCCCAUGGAUGGAAAACCCAAAAAGUGGUAAAGUGUCCUUUUAUCUUCUUCUGUUAUCUUUGUUUGUCCAGCAUGUUAUGUACCUUCGAGAAUUACGCCUUGCCCAGAUGGAGCGUUUGUUAGCUGAAUUUCUGUAUGGAGUCAACAUAUACCUCAGCGUGGUUAGAGACGCUAAGGAUGUCAAUCCCAAGGUACGAAGCUGUGAAAUAGUCAAAGGACUUCUUGUCUAGGGAUAACUGGGAUACUGCGUUAUUUGCACCCUGCUACCCUUCUCCUCUCCCCCCCCCUCCCCCAUCGUUUUAUGUUUCGACCUCGGUUCAGCUUUCGCGCGGCUGAAACUCUUACUCUGUGAACCACAAAUGAAAAAGCACACCAAAAACCCGCUAGCUACGGAGGCUAGUUAUAUCGAGGUAAGUAAAUACGAAGGAAAAUCCAGUGCUUAGUGGUUUUUGUGAUGGUUAUUUUACCCUCUAUCUCUAAUGUCAUCGGUAAGGUAGUAUGUCAACAGGAAAAAAGGCCAGUGAUGCCAUCAGAAUAUGAAAUAGUGAAAGUAUAAAGGAAAUACUAGACACCAAUAUAAUGCGAAACAUUUAUCAGUCAUCCGAAUUUUUAAAAUGAUAAAAAUGCUUUCAGGUAAUUAAAAAAAAAAUUCCAGAUAACAGCUGUACGCAUGGGCGAAUGUGCGUAUAUGGACUCUACGCUCCUGCACUGUACAACCUUUUUCCCGCUGUUGUUGACGCGUUCACUACAUUCACUAUAUUAACGUUCCGAUUUUGCCCAUGUUUAAGGCCACUGUUAAAAGUUAUUGUCACCAUCUACUGCCUAGCUAAUUAUGGCAACCCACUGCCACAAUUAACCCAUGCUAUUGGCAAUUAACUGAUCGAAGAUUAACGAUAAAAAGUACACGUUUACGGGAAACGUCAGUCUGUACCACAUGUACUUCUCGUUUACUGUUCAUUAUAGCUACACAGAAAAUAAGUACUUUCAUGCCCGGUUCAUCGGUAAGAAUUAUUUUAGACAAUUUUAUUUUCUCACUUCCUUAUUAUAUUUGAGAAUUUGUGGACUUUAAUGUGACUUUUACCGUUUACCGUAAAAGCGAAUUUAGGGGAGAGAAGAUCUUUUACUUCUUGGCUACUUUUAGUUAUCUCUUCGACUGACUGCAUGUGUAUGUUAUCCAGACACUUUGAUCACUGUCACAAGGCAUAUCGAAAUAAUGGCCUCUGUCAGAAUCCAACCCAACAACUUGGUCAAGUUGUUUUGAUCCCUCAAACAGUUCUUCACACUCGUCACCGCUUUGGAUUGAUUUGUUACUCAUCUUUUUAGAACAUUUCUGCGUGGAAUGCAGCUAUGAAGGAAAAAAGUAGAAUUUAUGUUUAUGAAUGGAAAUAUAUGAAAUAAAUCGCAAUUUGAACUGCGGAUAAAGAUAUGAAAGUGAACAUGAUCUUCGCAGUAGAAUGAACAACCUAAGCGGUUUCGUGCGGUCAAUCGCAAAGGUCAUGGUUCGAUUCCCGGUCAAGCCUCAAUUUUUUCCGGUUCUUUUUCAACCCCUUAGGUUGUUAAUUCUACUGCGAAUAUCAUGCUCACUUUCAUAAUUUCUUGUUAUGUCGUUUAUUUUUCUUACCAGAUGAAAGGUCAGUUGCUUCCUUCAAAAUUCCAUUCACUGAACCAGUUUAGCUACCGUCAGCGCGCAAGACAAUACGACGGAGACUUCAACGAGGACACGAUUAAUGGAGUCCCAGAGGACGUACUGGCUAAUCGAGAGGCCUGGAACGAGGGACAAGAAUUCGCAGAUAAGUACGAGAACAAGAAAGGACGGGUUAAAGAGAGAAAACUCGGCCCAGCUCCCAGCGCUGUGUCUAGGCUGCGACAGUCGUUGCAAGAUGUCGCCAGUGGAAGUGAUUCAGAAGCAAGCAAUACAAGUACAGAGGGGAAUGGCUUCACGAUGAAGCCACUUGCACAAGAUCUCGAAGAAGCCGUGGCAGCUCGGCCGAGUGUCAAGUCUAACCCAGUUACGGUCCCACCUCUUCCUCCACAGACACUCUUCACUGAGUACGACUUUCCACCGCUAAGCAGUUCAGAGUCUGAAGGGCCAGGAAGCCCGCCGCGACCAUCUGCCAUGACGAAUGCCAGGAAGCAACAAUCCCGUUUGCAAACAGAGAUAGGGCCAGCAACCAAUGGCGUCUUAGCUAUGGACCCUGGGCUCGCAAAUGCCCCUGGAGCCGAUCGAGUCUCCCCACAUCGCGCCAGUGCGUUAUUAAGAGAGACAGCUGUCUUACCUGGUCGCGGGCGAGCAGGAGCUUUGUUACGUCACGCAGCAAUGCCGGCCCUUCGUUUGCCCGCUGAAGAUGCGCCAUUCGGUGGUGGCUACGAAAUGACAAGGAAUAAAUUUCAC